CAGACUUAGAGGGCACCAUAGUAUGUAGCAGUAUUUUGGGCCUGUUUUGAAAACGUGGCAAAAUUACACGCUUACUGCUUGUAUCAAGUAUAUAUCAUUGAAAUGGUAUAAAUUAAAUUAACUCGUCAUUUAUUAUCCCAUAUUAUUCUCUACCAAGUUUCAUUAACAAUAUAGUUACAGGUGCAAGUGAACAAACAAAUGCAAAGCAAAGCAUCGAUAAGCUAAAGCAAUUUUGCCAAGAUAUACAAUUCAGUGAAUUAGAAAUUCUUGUUACAAAAUAAAAAUAGAUCACCCUGGAUUCGACGUUUUUCGUAAUUGGUUUAAAUUACUGUUCGCGCGAGCUGAUCUAUAUCUACGAACUCGGGGAAUAAAAAAAGAUAUAAACGUCGCCUAGUACACAAAGGAAGCAUUUCACGGGGUAAUCUGGAUGAAUGGAAAGGCGGCGUGCAAGCAAGCGUUUCCUUUCAGCGAAUAAAACGUUACUCCCUAACGACCUGAGUGCACUUCCUGCAUAAUUGAGUGCACUCAACUUUGUUGCACUUCCGCGAAUAGAGCCAAGUAAAUAACUGCUUAAACUGAAACCAAUCGUUUGGCACCGAUUGCGAAAACCUUGCUAGCAAAAGGAAAAAAAGAAACGCAUUGAAAUAGUUGACUCGUUUAUGACGAGAAGGAACGAUUGCAAGGGAGAACCUGCGUGUCAGGAGUAAUUACGAAGUUGAGCUAUUUUAAGACACGACAUCUUGAGCAGUUGGUGUCUAAUUACAAUUAAACGAGAUCAAGUGCAAGAAAGGUGCAAGCCCCUGCGGUAGCCGCGGUGAUCGGCCGGAAAACUGCAACUUUACAUUAGGAAGCCAAAAUGUGCAUCACCCUUUUGUGCUAUAAUUUACUUAUAGUCCAUUCUUCCGUGAGCAGUAUAGAUAUAUACAUAGCCACGUGAAAGUAUUCCUAAUAUUUGAGGAGUAAUAUUUUAUGUAGGCUUCUUUUGGCUAAGAUUGAGAGCAAAGGAAAGAGCCUGGCAGUAGUGACUGUAUAUCACGAUUAGAUUUACCAGUAAUUAUUUAUUCAUGAAAAAGUGUGCGACACGAGCCCCCGAUGAACCGGUAUUUUAAGGCUGCACGCGUGCAGGCAUCGUCUGUACACGGCUUAAUGUCAGCCAAGCGAGUUGGCACGAAAUACGAUAAAUGCCACUUUCGCCCUGGAAUAACCUACAGCCCUGGGGUAUUCUCUACUUUACGAUGAUAACUCGUACGAUUCGAUGAUAAAUCCUGAGACUGUUUGAACCCUUUUUACAUCCGGAUUCUCUGCAUUCAGAGUCAUUAGAAAUUGCUACAUCCACUUUAGGGUAAUAUCCUGGUUUCUUGAACCUGACAAAGAUGCAGACAAAAAGAACUUCCGAGAUACUCGGCUUUCCAUCAUUACUCUCGCCACAAACUCGACCAACAGGAAUCCAAUAAUGAGAUGAAAUAGUUUAAUACGUCUUUUCUAGUUUAAUUUUCUUUCUAGUUCUGUUUCUAAUAGUGAGUAUAAAUCUGACAUCAUUAAAGUGACUAGCCAUAACAACACCUUGCAAUGGCUUUCUUGUCUCUUGCACUGUAUCAUUAUCAGACACAUGGCCUUUUCUUCUAAGUACCAACGUUUCUCCAACAUUGCAGGUGGCUUCUUUAAAGUGAAAUGAUUCACUGAUUGUUGUGCGAGUCUUGUGUGAACGAGUACCGAAUCUCUUCCAAAUGAGUGACCGCCUAAAAUAUCUUCAAAACAUCGUACCCAUGACUCACGAUGUGGAUGUUUGUUUCAAUGUUCCCGUUUCCAAGCCAUCUGAAUCCAAAGAACAAUCCAAUUAUCAUCAUUCCACGUGUAUUCCAUCCAGUGUUACGAUAAAUACCGCUAUCGUAGUUUUGUAACCGUUAGUCAGACAACGUUCAAGACACGACUACCGAUGAUCGACGUGUCUACCACGGUGGUACCCUUUCAAUUAAAAGCACGAAGCAAAAGCAGAUGUUUUCAAACGUUUUCAUCCUCAAGGUUCCAGAAGUCGUUGAACAAACUCAAGCUAAGAGGCCAAGGAUCAGUCUGGUCGAUGCAAAAAUAUCGUUAGAGGGUUGCAGCAAUUUUUUCGAGCAUUUCCUACGGCGAAGAAACUGGAGCCGCAAUAAAGUUUACAACGUGGCCCCGUGUAUUUAUAGCCGGUCAAUUCAUCGGUGAUCCUCCGGUAAUUUUUAAACCGAACAACUCUGCGCGAACAACGGAAACUCGCCAAUUAGAGAGGCAGAUGUUCCUCGAAGAUUUUUCCAAUGCAUCACCGAAGAAGGUUCUCCAAGGAAAUGUGAACCACCCUUGGUUGAUCGAAUCAUCUUGAAUAAUUGAAGCGACUCUACGUGGUUUCCAGUCUAAACCAAAGCUUUUACAAUCUAUUUUCAUCCGUCAAUUUACAUGAAAGUUCAAGUUGAAGCUGCUGUGUCCAUUGAUCAACCGACGCGAUCGUAUACCUCCGGGCUCGACGUGUCAAGUUCAACCUGACGUAAUGCGGUGUCCACGUGGACGAUGACCGAGUAUGCCAGACGAAAGGAAACACGAUCGAAUAGACGAUGCGUCUGAAUAUAUAACGUUUAGACAGUGGUUUCGAUCGGCGGACGCGUACUAUAGGAAAAACCACCACCCAAUAGCGAAAGUACCCCUAAGAAGUGUCAGUAGCGUGCCGUCUCUUGUUGCUGUUACAACCCGUUUCCGUUAUCCAUUAAUCGGUUCGCGUUCAUCUACCAUAGUGGUUGAUUUGAAGCCUCGAUAACGGAGAAUUUGAUGGGAUAGCAGAUGAUUUAUUGGAACUGUUUGCAGAGGUACAGGUGAUGGGACAUAUUUAAAAAGUGCUUUCAUGAGUGUUGAUUUAGUAAAAUGGAAUUAUGGAUUUUUUUCAUGAUCCAAGGUUUUCUUCAACGUUAUUUUUAAUAAGCUACGUUAUCAUUUUCUGUAUAAAAGCACUUGUGACGUUCUUACACCUUAUACCUUUGCAUGCACUCGCAAACUUAUGUCACGUUCAAGGAAGUAGUCAAUCUAUAGUUUAAAAAGACUUCCACGAAGCGACAUUAACAUUAAGUAUAAUCAUACUGUUGUAAUAAAAGUACAACCGUAUGAUUUCGUUUCUAAUCGUUUCCUCGUUUCAAUAAGAAAUGCCGAUAGAAAGCAAAACCGACUAAUUGGGAAACAUAAUAUCUGAAAAAGUAUUUUAUUCGCUCGUUAAUUUCUGAGGCGAUCGUCGACGCAGAAAACGUAUCUUAAUAUUUCGUUGAACGUUCCACGAGACGGACAACGAUUUCAUUUACCAAUCUGAUUAGCUUUCACUUUCGGGAUCUAAAGCACUGCGUUUACGUUGAUCCUCGUAAAAACGAAAGGUGUAAAGCGAACAGACCGGAACGAAGUCGCGAAACAACUGUCCCGUACGCGUUUCUCUGCCUUUCCUUCGCCUCUUUCGCGAGAUUAAUGCAAAAAACGGCGAAGGUGGACCUAAGUUAGAAAACGUUUAUCCUGUCGUUAAGUUUGAGAUAUCAGAGAUACUUUAAAUAUGUGUCCUGUCCAGUGGAAUACUUGUAGAAUUUAACUUUCAAUGUGGAUAAUUAGAAUAAUCAAAGGGUUGAAACUUUGAAAUUUUAGAUUUCAAAGUAUUUAAUAUAAUCUGAAAUUAAAACCUUUCGAACAUACGAGUUUUCCAAAUGAAGAAUUUGUAUUCAAAAUUUUCAGUGGUAAAACUUUCGCUUCUACCACCUACUAAUUAUCAUCCCACGUGUAACGCGGGUAAUUAAUUGAUCCGGUGCUGUAUACAUUUGUUAGGAGGCUUUCGCUAUUGUGCAUCGAAGAAACUGAACCAUUUUCACUGUUCGAUCUUUUAUCACAGUCAGCUUUGAUUGUUCCUGAUGAUUUGAUACGUUCCAAUGUUUCGUGUGAAUGACACCAAUCGCACAAUUGAAAAUCAGUGAAACCUUGUUGUAUUCGAGCUGCAUGUAUGAUUUAUGAUUUGCAAUUUCAAUGUUCUAUUAUCAUGUAUAAUUGUAUUACAGUAGAGGUAGAAUGAAUGGCAGCCCUUGGAUUGCAUCAUUAAAAGGAGAAAUACAUGUAUGAUUUAUGAUUAUAUUUGUUUGAAGGUUGACGAAUGGUGCUUGCGAAAAAUCCGUCGCCUUCUCGAGGCGAGAGUCCUCAAAAAGAAAAUGCGAGAAAGGAUAAAGGGAAGAUUCGUACGUCUCGUGGCAACAGUCCAGGGGAUCAAACUACUUCCAGAGGCAACAGUCCAGGAAAGAAUAAUUCCAUUGUCAAGAAAGUCCAGACGAAGAGUAGUUUAUUAGGAUCGCGUGGGAGCGAAACUGGUAGCAUCGAGAGGCUGGUGGACGGUGAUAAGAGGGUGAUCGCUACGAAACAUUUACUUCCAGAAAACAACAUCAAUGUGGUGGUCAGGGUUCGUCCGCUUAGCAGCAAGGAAAUUAAAGUCGGCGAGGAUAUGGCCGUGCAAUUUCCUGGAGAUGGACAGAUAUACUGCGAAGGAUCGCCAAAUAGUGGGGACAAAAAGGGAAAAUUAUUUUCAUAUAACGUAGUGUUUGAACCCACGGCUACUCAGGAGGACAUACUGCAAUUUUCUGGUGUGAAGAAACUGAUUGAAAUGGCUGUGGAUGGAUUUAAUUGUACUGCGUUCUGUUACGGACAAACAGGAAGCGGGAAAACUCACACUCUCACAGGACCUCCGGAAAUGUUCGAAAGAAUGAAUCCUUACUCGGAGGAUCAUGGCCUGGUCUUCCGGUCCUUCGUCUACCUAUUCAAGCUGCUACAAGAACGUCAGGGCUGUAACUUUGUACUGAAAGCUUCUUUUCUAGAGAUCUAUAACGAGAAGGUAAUAGAUUUAUUAAAUCCUGGAACGUCGAGGAAGCCUCUGAUGGUCCGUUGGAGCAAAAAGACACGGGGUUUCUUCGUUGAGAAUCUCUUCACCGUCGAAUGUGAAGAACUUGAUGACCUCCUGGCGGUCCUCGAAGAAGGUAUGAGAAAUAGAUCUGUCGGUGCGCACAACAUGAACGAACAUUCUAGCAGAAGUCACAGUAUUCUAACUGUUAAUAUCACUUCCGAGCAACAAAUGGACAAUAGCGUGUUCAUCUCGAGACAAGGGAAAAUUAAUUUCGUCGAUCUGGCCGGCAGUGAAAUGACAAAGAAGACCCAGAGCGAAGGGAAAACUUUGGAGGAGGCAAAUAACAUUAACAAGAGCCUGAUGGUUUUAGGUUACUGCAUAUCUUCGUUGAGCGAUGGAAAACGCAAGUACGGUCACAUUCCGUAUCGAGAUAGCAAGCUGACGAAACUUUUAGCCGACAGUUUAGCAGGAAACGGUGUCACUUUAAUGAUUGCUUGCGUUUCACCGGUAAGAUCAAACGCUAGCGAAACGUUGAACACUUUAAGGUACGCGGCAAGGGUGAAGAAAAUUCGCACCAAACCUAUUGUGGUGAUGGAUGCACGAGAGGCAUUGAUUCUGAGUCUGAAGAGAGAGGUGGGUGCGCUUGAAACUGAAAACGAACACCUGAGAAAUGCUCUUCAUCUCGGUGAAGAUUAUUCAAAUAUCAUUCGCAGUGAGUCUAAAACUGAAAGGAAAGUGCCAUUAACACCACCAUUGGUGGACUUAGACAAGUUAUCUGAAAUGGAGCGACCAGAAUUGAGCCAGCUAAUUCACGCAUACAUUACGGAGAACGAGGCACUUCGUCGAGAGAACGCGGAACUUUAUGCUACCAGGGAACAAGUAAUAAGGGACCAAGAAUUGGUGUGCAAAGAGAACGAGAGGUUGUUGAAGAAACUCGAGGACGUUAACUCAGUAUGCUGUCGGUCGCCUAUUAUACCUGCCAGACCUACGUACUCGGCGGAAGUGUUGAAUGAUAGUAACGAGGACGCACCUGGUGCGACAAACGUUUGGACCAACCCUAACGCGGAAUCAAUCCCUUCUUCGAGAAAUAUGAGUAGGCGAGGACUCCACAAAUCGGCCAGCAACAUGCCUGAGAAAAUACAGAAAGAACUGGACAAACGUAGAAUCGUAGGAAGUUACAACAACAUAGCAGAAGCGUACAAAGACAAGAGUCAACAUCGUCGGCACAACUCCUGGGACAAUGGAAACGGCACGACGAGAACGAGUCCGGAUCAAACUAUGUCACCGAUACACGUCAAUCAGUACAAGAAGGCGAACCUGCGUCGUACGUCGACGGUACCAGAAGAAAGGAGACCCUCGGAAACUAUUGACCCGUUGGGUGAACCUGUUCAGCCCACAGAUCAUUCGUACAACGAAUCACCAGAUUCGAUGCUGGGUAGCGGAGGACUCGAAACGACGCAUUCUGCUCCGGAUACGAUGGAGUCUGAGACAACCACCGCACCUUUCCCAAUGGUUUCAUCACCAUUUGGCACUCCAGAAUCGUUUUCCCCAAGAAAGUCAAAAGAAAAGGAAGAUGAAACUACGCAACGAGCGUUUGGGAGUCCUGUUCCCAUUGAUGAAGACAAACCACUUUGAAACUAAUCAAUGAUGUAUCUUUGGAUCUGAAUGAUAGAUACUGGAUCAACUAUACGGGGAAAGAGUCGAGUUGGAGAGAGUAUAUUUUAAAUGAUAAUCUGUAAUAAAAAAAGAUUGAGGAAAGUUAUUUUGAUGUUAAGUAUGAGAGAAUAGAAUUGAUUGAUAUUGGAAAGUAUGUGUUUGUGAUUUGAGGUAACCGCACAGUAAUAUCGUGUUUUCAGAGUGAUCAAGAUGCGUAGUAUCGUGUAGUCGAGAAAAUUAUUUUCAUGUAGAGUAUACUAAUUAGGAUAUUUAGGUGUGAUAAC